CAUUGGUUGCGUAGCAACGCGUCUCUUAGUGUCUCUACAUUAGCACGAGAGGAGUUAUCUCUCAAGAACUCCGUCAGAGUUUAUUUUAAAUGUGUACAAUUCACCGAGCUAAAACCAACCAACACUUUUCUGGAAAAGUUUAUAUUUUCUUGAACAUUUUGCGUAAAUUCCAGGAACACUUGACUCUGAUCGGAGAGGUGAAGUCCUGCCGGGAACCUUUGAGCAAACAUGGAGCUGGACAUCCGUCAUCAUCUCAGUGAAGCAAAGCAGAACCGAGACCCCGCGGCGCUGCGGGAGGCCUUCCGGUUACUGACCUCCGACGGAGCAGCUGCUGAACACCGCCGAAAGACUCCAGCAGUUCUGCCGGAGCUGUACGUCGUCUGUGCGGAGACCGCUCAUGAGCUGGGCUGUGUGGAGAUGAGCACCGAGUGCCUACAGAGGUUUUUUGAUGGGAAUCCACCACCAGGUCAGUUCUUGAGUCGAGCCUUCCUCUGCCAGGGCCAGAUGAAGCCUCUGCCUGCUGCUGGGAGUGUGGAAGGCGCUGAGGAGGCUGUGAUGUGCUUUCUAAAAGCAAUUGAAAUCUCAAAGAUGGAAGCGAGAUGCCACUUCCUGGUCUUCAAUGCCUCGGUACUGUACUGUCAGAAGGUGCGUCCUCUCCUCCAACCGGGUCGGUUCCACCUCUUAGUCCCAUCCUUAAAGGUGGUGGUGCAGAGUCUGGAGGAGGUCGAUGAUGAAGAUCACAGCUGGAGGGCAGAGCUCAUGAUACUGCUGGUUGAAUGCUUUGUGGAUUCUGGACAGCGUGGAGAUGCUGUUGUUUCUGCCAGAGCUACAGAGGAGUUCAUCACAUCACAUGCUCCACAUCUUUAUCCAAAACUCUUUAUACUGCAGGUGCGGCACAAACUGUCAGAGGGCGACGCUCUCCUAGACAUGAGCAGGCGGAGCGCCAGCUUAGCAGUUAUUUACCAAAUGCAGGAGCUGAGGAGGCGUAUAGAAAUGAAUGAAAACAAGGUCAGUCAAGAGGAUGUGGAGACGUUUGAGAACAUCUUCUGUCUCCUGGUGGAUGGUUCAGAAGCGCCCACGAGCCGUGGUCAGAGCCCACCACCCGCUCGCCCGUCGGACAGAGGCGCCAGCCUCCUGGAGCUGGCAGUGCUUGCUUUGCAAGCGAAGCAUCAGAAAGUAGCUGAGGAGUGUCUGAAAGAGCUGAAGUCUGCAGGAGAGGCUAACAUCGACCAUCGUCUCAUGAUGGAAUGUGUGGAUUCUGAGAUCAGCCUCCUGAAUAAAGAGGCAAAGAUGGACUCCAAAGGCUGCAUAGAGGCUCGCCUGAAGGAGGUAGAGAAGCUCAGCCAGUGUCUGCAGACGGCGGUGAGGGCGGGGAGCCCGAAGGCGGUGCAGGCGGUCUGCGGUGCCCUGUGGAACUGCUGCCUCCCUCUGCUGCAGCACCCCCUCAGGACACGCAUCAAGGCCCCUCUGCUGACACUGGCCCAUGUUCUGGAAGACAUGCACAGUGUCCUGCUGGAGGUGCGCUGCCACGUCCAUGCCGAGCUGGCAGUAAUUGAAGAUGAGGAGGGGUGUCUGGAGGCGUCUCUGACUCACCUUCAGAAAGCCAUGCUGCUGGACAGCGGGGCACAAAGAGAACGUCUGUCGUCAGCGUUCCACCUCCUGCAGCUCCGACAGAAUAUCUACAGCGAACCGACCCGCACAGAGGAGAAAGCUGCCGCGCUGCUGCAGCAGACCAUGGACAUGCCUCCACACGUCAACUCCAACUGUCGCCCCGUCCUGGUGUCUGUGGGUCUUCUUCUGGCCCCUGAUGAAUUUCAGACUUUGCUGGACGCGGAAAGCACUCUCGAAUUUGAAUCAGGAGCUCAGCUUGCUGCAAAGGCUCAGCAUCACUCUGCGUGUGUGCAGAAGGCAGUCAGACACCUGGGCAGACGGAGCUCGGAUCCUGAAAGCAUAGAGAGGGUAAAACUAUGGGCAGCCCUGGCAAAGACGGCCAGGAAACAGGAAGUGUGGGACGUGUGCCGAGCUGCCUGUCGCUUCUGUUUGCUUUACGAUGACGGAAGGUGGGAAACGUCUGUGACAAAUGGUCCAGAGAGUGAUGCUGCAGGCCUUCAGAGCUGUGGUCCAAGCCUGACUUCUGCCAACCGUCUGCAGCUUCUAGCUGAAAUUCACUUCAUCAGUGCUGAGGCUACCAUCCAGAAGCUGUUAGCUGAAGGGGUUCAGCAGAACAGUCUGGCAGUCCCGUCACUGGAGAGACGGCCUGGUGUGUCUGAGGAGGACUGGACGGCUUACAGAGACUGGAUCCACAGCCUGUCGGCUUACGCUACCUCCAGCUUCAUGCGAGCAGGCGAGCUCGGGGCAGAGAUCGGAGAGCCGUGGGUGGUUGCAAAUGCCGCCAUUUACCUGUGGAAUCAUAAUAGUCACUUGCUUGCAAAGGGGGAAUACCAGCUCCUGCUCCCCACCUUUCAGAGCCUAUUGGACAGGCUCCAGCACACACAGGAAGUUGGGAACAGCACUCUGUGUGUGCUGCUGUGUGAUGCAGUGUCCCGGGGCUUGAUCCAGCCUAUAUCUGAAAGAGACAGCGCUGAACCUGCUCCUACAGGACUUAAGGGUAAAAACAGAGCUGAGAAGAGAUCGGAGAGGGCUGCCAGUACCCAUGGGGCAUCUGUAGAGCCUGCUGCACUGCAGGAUGUCUACAAAGCUUUGGAGCUGUGUGACCUCGCCCUCAGCAUGUCCAAAAUCACUCAGGAAGCCGUCCCACUGGCUGUCAGGAAACGGGUCUUAGCCACAUGGGUUCAGAUCAAGAUGCUUUUGCAACAGCAGAUUGACUUGAAGAUGGACACACUGCAAGAUAAGAGAGAGGAAGUGUCUGCCAUGACAUGUGUGCUGGUUGGAGUGGAGAUGCUCACAUGGAAUAAGAGCCCGGGACAUACGGGCUUCCCUGUUCCCAGUCCCUCAGCGCUGGUGAGCAUGGCAUCUGAAUGCAGCUGGUGCGACGCUGUGGUGGAGCUGCAGGUGUGGUGCCAGCUGGCCGCCUUCUGCCACCGUGUCAACGACCACAGAUCGGUGUUACGCUGCACCCUGAGCGCUCUGCAGCUGGAAGAAGUUGCUGCCCACAGUCUCAAUACCACACCCUGUGUUCUGUUUGCUCCAGCUGCAGUGAAGGAGCUGCUGAGCAGCGCGGCCUGCUUGAGGGGUUUGAGCUUACUUCAUGAGUGCAGGGGGGACCUCAGCGCUUACAGACAGGCUUUGCAGGUGCUGCUGUCCAGCGUCAGCUUUGCCAAGGAGGCAGAAAAUGGAGUGUUGUGUGUCUGGGCUGCUGGACAUUACUGGAGUGCUAGUCUGGCCCUGACACAGAACCCUGAGGAAAGACUGCAGCUUAGAGAGGACCUGGAAAUGGUCCUGGAUGCUCUCUUUCACAUCAGCAGAUGUGAAAGAGGUCAAAGACAAAGACUUGCAACAGAAGAAGCACGAUCUUGUGAAUUUUCUACACAUAAUUCAAAAACAGAGGACCAGGCUUUGUCUUUGAGGGCUGCGAUUUCCAGGUGUUUGCUUCAGCUCCACAUUGAUGAAGCAGACUUUGAAGGCGCCCUGAAGCUGCUGGACAAAGCUCUGACAGCCAUGCCUCGCACCAGGCACCGAGUACCUUUGCUGAAAUGUCGCGUCGUGGUGAAAACACGCCUGGGACAAAGUGUGGAGCUGGACAUGCAGAAACUACUAGAAGAAGGGCAGCAGUGCUGCUCAUUCAUGUGGCACCAGGCAGCACUGAGUGCUGAGUCUGUAGACCAGCAACUGGAGUUCUACCAGAAAGCCAUCACAUCUCUCACGAGCAGUGAGAGUCGAUGGCAAAAAGUCACCCUUCUGCUGGAGUUUGGGAGUUGGCUUUACUGGCACAACUUCCCCAAAGCAGACGCUCUGCAGCCGGUGGAGUGGGCCAUCGACCUCCUCCUGCAGCCAGAGCCUGGGCCAGAGGAGGCACCAGCUCCUCCACCAGAAGAAAUGGGCAAAAAUCCUGAGUCUGCAGUGACACGGGAGUCUGUGCUCGGAGUCCAGGGCUCCUCUAUCGAGAGUCUGUCCGGUCUGAAGGAGGUGCGCCGCCUCGACGGCUUGAUACAAGCACACACUUUGCUCGCUGUCAUGUCAGGAAUGAACUCCCAUGAGCACCAGCUCCACUUGCUCAGAGCCCACACCUUUGUCCUCCAAGUGUGGCAGGUUUCUAUGGCAGGGAUGUCUGAUAUUUCCAGGGAGAAGAAUCAACUGCAUCCUCCUCCUUCUGCUGGGUCUAAAAAAGGCAGAGACAAAGACAGGAAAACCAAAGAUCUGCACUCUACAGAAGACAAACCUCAGCCGUCUUCCCUGGAGAAGACGGUGCCAUCCACCCCGAGUGAGUGGGUCAGCUUCGUCUGUCCCGACCAGGCGAGGCAGAUCUUCAGAACCAGCAGUAGCCCCCACUGCAUCAAUGCACACAGCAUUGCAAAGCAGACUCAAAGCUUGUUUUAUCUGCAUCUGCUGGACACAGAGCUGCAGGCUCUCUCACUCCAGCUCCACACGCUGCCGGUCCUGCACCUCGCUGAGAUCAUCGCCCAUGAUCUGUUAGAGAGGAGGGAGCUCUCCGACGUCUACAGACUCCGGAUUGUGAGAACCUGUGCUCAGCUGGGGUUUGAUUUCCAUUCACCGUAUCAAGAGGAGCUGCUGACUCUGACUUCAGUUCAAGAGCAGGAACAAAUGGAGAGCCACAAAGCUACACGUCUUUCUGGACACAAGAAGAGCCUUCACAGAGCCCAGAACCAGGAAAACAAAGCGCUUAAACGACCAGUGACACUGCGACACAUCAGGGAUGUGAGUGCUGUAGAUGUCUGGCUGGACAAAGCUGACGUUUGCCUGAGUUUAAGGCUGUAUCCGUCAGCCCGGCAGCUUCUGACAGAGGCCCACAUGCUGGCCAGGAAACUUGGAGAUGAAAACGCUGUUUCCAGAAGUUUACUAGGUUUAGCCUGUCUGGCAUGUGAGGAGCAGAACCCCGCUCAGGCUCUGAUCCUGCUGGAUGAAGCCCAGAAGCUCGGGGGUAAUGAGGACUUUUGGUUCCAGCUCAUCCAAACCAGAGUCACUGCAGUUGUGGCUCAGAGAGACCGAGACUCACAAACCAAGGUGGAUGAGGUCAUAAAAGCGGGCUGUGAGGCUCUGGAGCUGCGCAUGUCAGAGAAAGCCAACAGAGUUUCAGAGCUUAAAUUCAAGAUCAACUCAUUAGAGAAGAGAGCUGCGGUUGAAUACAUCCAUGCCGCUGCUGUGGUGAAACCAGGAGGAGCUUUCAACAGUGAGCACAUCUGGAAGCUGGUGUCUUCCUGUGAGCUCCUCAGAAAGUGUGCCAGCACUUUCACUGAACUGGGCAGGAAGGAGCAGGCGGCAGAGGCACACCGCGAGUCUGCACGUGGUCUGAGGCUCUUGGCCGCUUGUUCCUCUGACUCUGAUGAGCAACAGCUCUUCCUGCUCAGCAGCUUCUCCCAAAUGCAGUUAGCCGUCAUGCUCCAGGAACAGGUGCUGCUCAAUACCCGAAGCCAGCUCACCCCCCACGAGAGACAUGAGGUGUCACUGGCAGCUAUGAGGAAGCUGCUGCGCCUGCGGCUGACCCUGGCAGAGUUUUGUCUGGACGUUCUGGAGGAGCGCUGUGCCCUGGAGGCGUGUCAGGCGUUGGCCCGAGCAAAGAAAACCCCUGCUGAGGUCGCUCUGGAGGAGUUUACGCGCCUCUCGCCUGAGCCCAACUCUGUACAGCAUGAGUGGUUGAGUGUGAGCAGAAGCCUGGGGCAGGCCGCUCUGGGCCAGCUGGCUGCAGUCAGCGCUCACUCAGCAGCAGACAGCGUGGAGAUUGCAGCUCGAAGCCUGAGUCUAUGGGGAAAGUUCCUGGGACUGCUGGCUGCCACGGAGGAGCCCACCUGUCUGCAUGCUCUUUGGGAGGAACAGAAGACGGAGGCCUGGUGUGAUCCUCAAGCUGUUUGUCCUGAAAGAGAUGAUUCUGGCAAAGAUUGUGAUUUGAGCAGAGCAGAUCUGAGGAUGAACUCUGGUAGAGGGGCCGAGCUGCAGAGAAGACCUGGAGUCCAGAAGGUGCUGCAUGAAGCCAACAAAGUUCUCUCUGAAGCCGUCAACUUGUGUCUUCAGCACCGGCUGCCCGUCUCCACCCUGGCCGAUGCCUCUUUGAACAUGCUGAAGUGUAAUGGGCGCUGUGACUCUGCGGUUGCGGGUCAAUGCCUGGCUCUGUUUCAGAGUUGCUGCGCGGCUGCUGCUACCGUGGAGGUCCUGGGCUCUGCUCGCAUCGGCUCCUUCCAGCUCCCGGUUCCACUCGGCAUUCGCUCCGAUCUGCUCCUCUCCAAGGAGGAGCGACCCAGCAGCAUGUUGAAGGGAGCGGACGCCUCCCUCAGCACAGCCUCCAAGGCCUUUAGUCACAUGACUGUAAUGUCCAACCACCUGAGCAUCCUGUCGGAGCUCCCACCUGGCCUGCACAUCCUGCUCCUGCAGCACUCCCAAAGCAGGUCAGAACUCUUCGGGGCUUUCUAUAAGCCAUCUGCAGCGUCAGAACAGACAGAAGGAAAGACUUCACAUGAGUCAGCAGGUACCCUGACAUGCACCAGGGUGGCAAGAGUUUCAGUCUGCCCACAGGCACUGCAGGCACUGAGGGAGAAAGCCCGGCUCUUCUCCCAGAGGAGCCAACAUUCCCCCGUGAAGGAAGAAUGCCGGGGCGGUGCAGAGGCCCGGCUGCAGAGCGCUGCAGCAGACUCACAGUCAGCCGUUCUCUUCAGAGAAGUUGUGCAGGACAUGGAGGACUAUUUGAAUCCACUUCUCACACAGUUCAGCUUUUCUUGUUUGAGCAGGCCUCCUGCUUCACCCUUUCAAGGAUCUGAAAGGACCAAAGACGAGGAAGAUGAGGCUAGCACAGCAGAACCAGGCGAGGGUUUGGUGAUGCUGGCAGACAGGGACUUGCUGGAGUUGCCUCUGGAGUCUUUGUCAAUCCUGCAGGAGGAAGACCUCAGCUUUGUGUCACGCGACUUUUCUCUGCAGUUUUUCUACAGCCGCCUCAAUUCAAACAAGACACAGAAAGUUGAAAGUGACAACAAAAAGGACACCAAAGUUAGCAAGGGAGCGAAGGGGAAGGCACAUCAAAGCCAGGCCAUCAAAGCGACACCUGUUGGUCCCGUGCAGCCUUCUCUCACCAUCCCAGUGGACAAACAAGACUUUUGUUAUUUUGCUGACAGUGAAGGACAGAGAAGUUUGUCUUUGAUGAAGGAAGUUUUACAAACCCACAUGCCGCAUUUCACCCGUCUGUGGGGGGGCAGCAGUGUCUCUGAGAGUGAGCGAGUGCUGCGCCGCUGCAGUGCCUUCGUCUACAUGGGGAAGGAGCGCUUUGUGGGAAUCCUCCCCCCUGAAAGACUAGCUGCUCUCAAUCUGUCUGACUGCCGCCUGGCUCUGCUGUUUGACCUCGUUCACAGCAAAGCUGACGUUCACUCCCAGUCAAACCAUGGCCCACACAAGAGCGUGCCGUGGCUGGCCACGCAGAAACCCGUGGAGACGGCUCUGUGGCUGAGCUUGAGCGGCAUCAGCUGUGUGGUUCUCCACCAGUGGGCCUGCAGCCCUCAGCAGAAUGCGCUGACCGCUGCAGCUGUGCUCGAUGACCUGCUGAGAGUCAGAAAGAGCUCAGGCCAGACCAUCCACAGCCUGCGAGGGGGGAUCCCCUCAGCAGAGUCCCAGCACAGAAAUACAGGCCUGUGUGACACUGGGACUUCAAACAACUCCAAAGACGACAAACGUCAACGCAGCUCCUCACCAUCCGCUUAUAACUGCAUUCUGUAUGGACUUCCUAAUUUGACUGUCACCUAGUUUAACAAAAAUCACAGAACAUUUCUUUCUGAACAUGCAUGGAGCUUACUGCUGAAGUUUUACCUGAACACCCGUGUCUCUGAAAGAUUAGUACUUCCAUGGCAUCUUGCAGAUUCGUAAAGAUCUAAAGAUUGAUCGUUUGUUCCUUAAAGCUCAGUUUUUUAGAGGUUUUUUGUUUGAGCAGCACAAGAGCAAUCCAGAAGAAGCCCAGAGAACUAGAAAACACUUUGCUUUCCAGUGAAAGAAGUCAGAAGCUACCAGCAGGUAACGGGGAGGGGCGGAGCCAAAGAAGAUCCAAGCUUAAAUGAAACUAAAAUAAAUAUUUAAAUUCAAGUAAAAA